GAUUGUUGGAGAGGCAGCAAGAAAUUUUUCCAGCUUACUCUGAUGAAGAUGUUCUUUCUGUUGUGAAAUUACAGCAAUGGAAAAUCAAGCUGAAGUCGUAGAAACUUUAUCGGGUAGCGAUGAUGAAAAAUAUAUCGCAAGCAAUAUUAACCGAACAAAUGAGGUAUCGCAAACGAAUCCUGGCGGGUCUAAGGCUGUUUCAGGAAUAAAUUUGGAUGAUAAGUCUCCAGAUUCUUCAACACAUGAUUGCUCAUUUAAUUCGGAAGCGGUUCCUGAAGUUUGUGAAUCGCGAUUGGUGUACAAUGCUGCCAAUGAUGAUGGAAAAGGAUUCAGUGAAGAUACUGAGAAAAAUAAUAUUUAUCCUAUACCAGCUAUAUCAUUGAUAGCAAUCAGAAAUCAGUCAUCCCCUACACAUAUGGUUCAAGAUAAUAUCAUUGAAAAGGUUAAUUCUGUGUUGGAAACUACUUCAAGGGUAGAUACAGUAAUAUUGGGAGAAACAAGUGACUGUAAAAAAACUUCUGUAAAUAUGAUGUAUGAAGCUCUUACAAGUGAUACUGAAUCUUCACUCAACAUUGAAACUGAAGAAGUUAGUGGAAAGAAUGUGGCAAAAGCAGCUGAAAUUCUGCAGGACUCAAUCAGCAAAAUGAGUGUAAUGCAAGCUACGUCAGAAACCUGUGAUGUAGCUAAUGAUCAAGAAGGCAACUGUUUGGAAGAUAUAAAUGAUUUGCCAUUUUCUGAAAAAUUAUAUGGUUGUUCAAUUGAUGAAAAGCAAAUGAAAACUGGACCUCAAGAAUUGAAAGAAGAUGAAUCAACCAUUUUCACCACACUAAAGAAACCAGAAGAUUCCUUAUCAGACAGUUCCGCUGGUUUGUGUGAAGGCACUAUCAGCAGUAUUUCCAAUGAAAUUCCUUGCUUGGUUCAAGAAGAUCAAGCCUUAAAAAGAAUAAAAUUGCUACAGAAACAAGUUGAACAUACUCAAGAUCUGUAUUCUAGGAAAAUGAAUGAAGAUUUUCUUUCUGUGAAAAAGUUUUUUGAAGAUCUUAAUCAACAAGACACUCUACUUCAAGAGAUGACUUCGCAAGCUAAUUCACUUAAGGAAAUUCUAGACUCAGUGCUCCAAUUACCGGAAAUAUCGAAGUCGGACGUUCUUGAUCGCCUAGAAGGAUGUUUCAAUUCAGGACACUGGCUAGAAAAAUCUGUGAAGACAAAAGAACUUGCUAGUUGCAGACAACUGAUGAGUAAAGGUUACGUUUCCCUUAAAUAUGGCGGUGUUUCUAAGGUUAAGGCCAUUAUCAAUCAGCAUUCUCGUUCGCAAUUACCGAAUGAAAACGCCCCACAAUCAAAUGUGGAGGAUACUCUCUGUGAUCCAUACCUCGUCACCGUUACAUCCAUCAUAGAUCCUGGAGAGUUUUACGUCGUCCGCCUGUGUGACAGUAGAAAGCUUGAUACGAUACUGACUACUCUAAAAGAAAAUGCCGAAUUUUAUCCAGUUCCAUUAGAAACAACUCCGGGUCAAAUGUACGCUGUUCGUAAUAGUGCCCUCAACUGGUUCCGUGGCGUGUGUGGAAAAGAAUGUGGACGUCACCAAGUUGGUGAUCAGCCCUCUGAAAUUCUCUACGAAUUCUUCAUGAUUGAUCAAGGACACCAUGAACGUAUACCUGCGUCCUCCAUCCGUCUCCUCCCUAUGGAACUUCUGAAUAUUCCGCCUAUCGCUCGCGAAUGCACCUUGAAUCAAAAUUUUCAGGGCUCUACUUGGAGUCUUCAAACAAUCAACCUUUUCAAGCAAAUGACUAGGCAGUCUCCUAUGAAUAUGAAGGUUUUCAAACAACAUGGUGGAGUUCUGGAAGUCGACCUCGGCCAGCUGAUUAGCUUUGGUGAAGAAGCAAAUAUUGUAUCCGUAAGAGAUGCGUUGUUCUUCUCGCACCGAUCAACAUCCACCAAGCCAUCGCCCAGAAAAUUCAAGCCAAAAUUUUGUAUUCCUAACGUUGAUUUACGGAAAGAAUUUUCGGUGAAUAUCUCUUCGGCAGAGACGCCAACUAAUAUUUACGUUCAGAUUCUUGAUGAAGAAUUUCGGGGUUAUCGGGUAAUGCAGAAUGAACUUCAAACGGAAAUGGCAAAUAUUGCGUUGAACUCUAGUUCAAAUUUCAAUCAUAUUGAAAAAGGUUUUAUCUGUGCUGUCAAGUACAUUGGCGAUUGGUACCGAUGUUUAGUGGAAGAAAUUUACCCACAAAAUCGGGUACUGGUUUUUUACAUCGAUACCGGACAUCGCCAGACUGUUCAUGGUUCUGAAUGUUUGAAUUUACCGGAGACGUUUCUCGAUCUACCUUCUCAAGCAAUACGCUGUGUUUUGGAGGGUAUCAGACCGCUCAACCAACAUGCAACAAAGAUGAACAGUUAUCGCCGUCGACAGAAUUUCUGGCCCCGCGAAGUAAUUGAAUCCAUUCGUGGUUAUCGUAACAAGCAAGGAGUGAUUAUAGUGGAGAAUUGGAAAGUCGGUGACGUUGGCCGAUUAGGCCAAGAACUAACAGCCUCCAUCAUUUUAUAUCAUGACGGUGAACAGUUCUGCGUGAACCAAGUGCUGACACGCGCCGGUCUGGUUAACAGUAACAAAGCGCAUAGAUAUCCGGAACGUCCUGUAAGCAGAUCAGACUCUAUAAUGCAAUGUGGAACUUCUCAGUCGACCUUGAGUGAUUCGGUUGGGAGCGGAAUGUACGCUGCGUCAACAGAAGCGUAUCUGACAUCAUCGAUCCCCGCCAUAUCCAAAAAGGAAAAACUGAUGACCCAAUCUCCGUCAGAGUCAAAUGGACGAGAUGACGACCAAAAGAAUUCUGAAAACCUUGUUGGUGACGGUGAUUCAAAUCACUCCUACCGUCUUCCUGUUUCUGUCACUCAGAUGUCAUCGCAUAGUCCAAGCCCCAUUUUAGAGGUUUCCGGCGCUGGCAAUACUUCUCCACAAGCACAAGAUCUACACUUAAAUGAGUUGUGUUCAGGUUUUGCCGGCUCCACGUCUUCCGUUAACAUCAUCCCUGAUAACGAAGUGGGAAGCAGUAUGAAAUCGUUGAAAUUAAUUCCGAAUCCUGAAGAAAAUUGCCAGUUAACUGUUGGAAAUCUUCCAUUAAAGGAUUGUUUGUCGAACCCUUCAGUAAAAAACCGUGCUUCCGAAGGCGGCUCUGUCCGUUGCGGAAAAGACCUUAGUUUGAAAACAGUGUUGGCCAGCUUCAAUUCUUGUGGGACAUCAAAUUCAUCGGCAAUCAAAGUUUUGGAACCUACCUCAGAUCAGCAAAAAGAACAAAAAACGAUUAAUUUGACAAACGAAAAAUCUGAUGAUAAGUGCAGUAAAAAUAAUUGCCAAACCGAUUUAGUGGGCACGUUGGGAACGCAGCCGGAAUCAGAAACAUCUGUUACAGUAUCUUAUGUGUGGAUGGACUCUCCAGACGCUAUAUAUUUUCGUACGAUCGAUAUGCAAACUCAGUACGAGGAGCUACGAUAUAAAAUGAAACAACACUAUCAAAACAUCGAAUUAAGGGGGAAAACAAAAUUUGAAGUCGGCUUUCGCUGUGCUGUCUAUGAGGACCACUCCUGGUGGCGCGCAGAAGUCAUCUGUAUGGACAAAUACCCUAAAUGUGACGUUUUGUUUGUUGAUACUGGAUAUCAUCGCAGAGUUCGUGCUAAACAAAUCUACGAACUGGAACCAGGUUUUGAUGAAAUUAAACGUUUAGUGCUUAAAUGUUCCCUAUAUGGCAUCUUCAGUGGCACUGCAAAUGGAACUUGGAAGGAAAACUGCAUCAAAUAUAUCCACGAUCGACUUUUGGGAUCUGAAAGCAUCAACAUUUUCCGACGGCAACAGAGAGAAUCGAAGUAUGCAGCGCUUCCAGUGAUGUGCUUGUAUGUCUACAAUGUGGAAGGCGGUCCUUUGCAAAUUCCAGGCAAGACGCAAAUCAACCUUAACGACGAACUUGUUGCAAUGGGUCUGGCUCAAAAUUACCCAGAACCUCUACAAUCUUCAAACGUUAUUCCUGUUGUCCGCGCUUGGAAAUUGUCUGAACCUCCUAAAGUUGGCUCCGUAUUUUGGGCAAUAGUAACCUGGGUCAAUUUGACGGGGGAAAUUUACUUGCAUGACGUCAAGUCAGUACCGACGAUGGACGAAAUUACCAAAUGGCUAAACGAAGCAUAUAGCGACACAGAACCGACUGAUGCAGAUCUUCGUUGUCGUCCCGGAGACUUGUGCAUAGCAAAGUAUAACAUAGACAACCAGUGGUAUCGUGCCAUUGUUAAAAAAACUGAAGUUGAACUUGAAAAAGUCACAGUGUUUUUUGUUGAUUAUGGAACGCUAGAUUCGGUAGACUGUCGUGACAUUCGACUUAAUAUCAUGCUAGAAGAAUUGCCGACCCAAACGCUUUGCUGCAAGCUGUUCAACAUCCGUCCUCCUGUUGAGUACCGUACUGAUCGAAAUUGGGAGUGGCCGGUGGAAAUUCUCGAUCAUCUACACAAAUUGAUUGUGGAUGGAGAGUUCCGUGUGAUCGUCAAGGGCAAGGGGCCACCGCUGCCCAUCGCGUUGGUAACUCACAAGCAAUCAUCAAUUGCAUCGUAUCUUAUUGAAAAUAAAAUGGCUGAGUGGAUUGAUCCUAAUUUGAGGAGGAAAAAGUCAAAGAAACAGAAAUGGGAAAAGAAGUGAUUAAUUGUGCGAUGCGAUAAAAUGUCAUAAUAUGCGCAGCCAUUAUCACUCGAAUAACUUAUCAAGUUAGUUGAUUUGUUGAGACAACAUUUUUUUUGUCCAAGUGUGUUUUGUUUAAACAAAUAACCGGCCUAAAAGAUGGCACCGUUUGUGUUUGGAGAUAAUUUGUUUUAAUUUUGUUUUGCUGUUAGUAGUAAUAGGAGAACCUCCGUCCAGCAACCUUCAACUAAGAAACUGUUUUUUUUUUAAACUUUAAGUUCGUUGACAUUGAUUUAAUGAGAAACAA